UACAGACACAACCAUCAAUCAUAUGACUUAAAAAACAAUGGCUGCCUUCAAGUAUGUUCAUCUGAUCAUACUUAUCAUCAUAAUCAUCUCCUUGUCCUCCUCCACUACCGCCACGGUGGUUGUGCGGCCGCCAGUGAAGGCGGCUUAUUGGCCUACAUGGUCAAUAAGUUACUUCCCUCCCUCAUCUAUAGACACCACCUUAUUCACUCACAUAUACUAUGCUUUUAUAUCUCCUAGUAAUGUCACAUUCAAGUUUGAAGCAUCGAACUCCACGGCGUCCCUCCUCCGUGAAUUCACCACCACCCUCCACGGUAAAAACCCACCAGUGAAGACAUUGAUCUCGAUCGGUGGCGGCGGCGAUGAUCCGACUCUUUAUGCUCGGAUGGCUUCAAAGGCUAGAACGAGAAAAGUGUUCAUAAAAUCAGCUAUUGAUUUGGCAAGGAAGUUUCGGUUUGAUGGAUUGGACCUUGACUGGGAGUUCCCUAAAGACCCAAAAGAAAUGAUGGAUUUGGGCCGCCUGUUUAAAGAAUGGAGGGCUGCGAUUCAAAUAGAGGCCCAAAAGAAUGACCGGCCUCCGUUGCUGCUCACGGCUGCAGUCUACUACUCAGUCGAGUUCGUCAUCUACGGCGGCCCUCGAAAAUAUCCAGUGAACUCGAUUAGUAGGUAUUUGGACUGGGCUAGCCCAAUGUGUUUUGAUUAUCAUGGGUCGUGGGAUACGUCGCAGACGGGGGCCCAUGCUGCACUAUAUGACCAAAAGAGUAAUAUUAGCACUAGCUAUGGGCUUCAGUCAUGGAUCAGGGCAGGUGUUCCAGCAAGCAAGUUGGUUAUGGGCCUGCCUUUGUAUGGAAGGACUUGGAAGCUUAAAGACCCAAAUAUAAAUGGGAUUGGGGCCCCAGCAGUGGGAUUGGGACCAGGAGAGGAUGGUGUGUUAACAUUCGUACAGCUAGAGCAAUACAAUAGGAACAACAGUGCCACCGUGGUAUAUGACGUGGGGAGUGUGUCCACAUAUUCUUAUGUUGGGACGUCAUGGGUUGGGUACGAUGAUGUCACAUCAACAACGACGAAGAUAGGGUUCGCUAAGGCCCAUGGGCUUCUCGGGUAUUUCUUCUGGGCUGUCUCAUAUGAUAACGAAGGGAAAAUCUCUAAACAAGCUUCAAGGGCGUGGAUUGAUGACUUAUCGCUAUGAAGUUGGGAAUUGGGAACAACAUUAAUCUACAUUUACCAAACCCAUGUUUGAAUUGCAAUUUAAUGGACUAUAUAUAUAUAUAUAUAUAUUGUUCGCUAUGAUCCAAUCAUUAGAUGUGGGCAUGUGUUCGCCCAAUUAGAUUGGUUAAGCUUAGUGUUAUUGUUAGAACAUUAAAUUUCCUUAAUUUAUAUGAGAGUAUCAAGUGAUGUGGUUUAUAUACACGAGCUCACUUCCAA